AUGAGCAGAGAACUCAACAUUAAGAAGUCAGUUGACUUGAAAGCCGGUAACAGCGGCAGCAGACCCAUCGUUUAGAAUGAUUCCUCAAUUUUCAAACAUGAGUUAAGAAGUGGCAAGAUCAUACAAAAGCCCGUCUUCGUUCCACAGCAAUAAAGCAUCAAGCCUCCCCCAUCCUAAGCAAAGAUCUGCGAGAUCAAACUUAAGGAGUCUAUCUCUUAAGAGAAGCCUCUUUAUGUUCUUGAGCCAAAGGUUGAGCAAAUUGCCAGCGGAGAACACUCCAAAGAGAUCUCACCAGGGACAUCAACAUCUUAAAUUAAUGAGGAGCAGUUACCCACUCUCGAGGAUAAAAAAUUUGUAGAUGACAAAUUCUCUAAAUCUACGCCUGAGUCAGCAAAGGCAGCAGCCCCAAGUGUUUAUUCUAAAAGAGCAAACAGAGGAUACAACCCUAAGUAUGAAUAAAGUAGUUUCGUCUCUUUUAGCACUCUCUGUGGCACCAAGAGAAAGCAACCAGAAAUAUCGUAAAUCUAGAAAUAAAAUUCAAAAGAAAAUCUGAGAGUAGUAAUCAAUCAAGAUGAAAAAAAUCAAGCAUUGAUUUAAGGUCUUUCAUCAUCGAUGAAUUAACAUCCUAUUUAAGGUUACCAAAUAGCAAACCCACAAAAUCACAACCAAAUUUUUAAUCAGCAAAAUGAAUACCCUUUCAAUUAUAAGGCAGCCCAGAUUGAGGACGACGACGAGGAAAAUGAUUCAGAUGAUAUAGAUAGUGAGGAUGCUUCAUAUAAUGACCCUGAGAACAGAAAAUCUGGCAAAUUCAUGGGAACACAUGAAAUGCCUCUAGGAUCUCGCACUAAUUACAAAGGACACUGGACUAAAGAGGAGGACAUGCACCUUGCGGAUGCAGUCAAAAGACACGGAGGUAAGAACUGGAAGAAGAUAGCUGAAGACCUUCCAGGCAGAAGCGACGUUUAAUGUCUUCACAGAUGGCAAAAAGUACUUAAUCCAUCAUUGAUUAAAGGACCUUGGACUGAGGAGGAGGAUAAAAUGGUGCUCCACCUAGUAGAAAAAAAUGGACCUCAAAAAUGGACUCUUAUUGCUGAGAAUCUUCCAGGUAGAAUUGGAAAGUAGUGCAGAGAGAGAUGGCACAAUCAUUUAAAUCCUAAGAUUAAAAAAAUUGGCUGGAGCAAAGAGGAGGAAUGGAUUCUCUAUUUAAUGCACAGAGGAAACGGCAAUAAAUGGGCUGAAAUAGCUAAAGUCUUAGAGGGAAGAACUGAUAACACCAUUAAAAAUCACUGGAACAGCUCAAUGAAAAAGAAGCUAAUUGAGAUGAGUAGAAGUUUAGACUCAUAUAUAAGAGAGUAAGUGUCUAAAAAGCUUGGCAUAAGUGACCCUGCCUCUAUAAGGUUUGACCAAAGUGAUGAAAGAGUUUGCUCUACCAAGAGUGACAUUGAAAAUUAGCUUUUAAAAAAGUAUAUUGAUGAAGUUGAAAAGUAAAAUAAAGAUUACUUUGAAGCUAAAGCUAGAGACCUCUUGGAAAUGAGAAAACAUGAUGCAGUCAGCUUGGCUACAGCUAAUCUUCUCUUCAAAAGUCUAAAUAUAAAUAUGGAGCAAUAUAUUCAAAAACUUUAGAAAAUUAACUCACAGCAAAGGAAAAACGACAAAGAUGACAGUGGCUUAAACUCAAAUUAAAACUCAGCUCAAAACAAUAAAGUACCUUUCAUGGUGAAGAAAUAAGACUGCUAAAACGAUUAAAUCCCAUCAUCUAUUAGUGUUUAGGAACCAAUAAAAGGUAGCAAAUAACCUAUUUCUAUAAAUCUAAAUUAUCAACCGAUAAUAAAGUCAAGAGUAAAUGGCUAGAAUAUGGUGGGAAGAAAGAGGAAGCAUAUUCAAAAGUAUCAAUAGCAACAAUAAUAGUAGUCAUUCCAAGCCUUUAACUAAUUGCCUCAAGUCAAUUUUUAAUCUCCUUAACUUAAUGAGGAUGCUACUGGUAAUCACAGUAAUAACUAUCCAAUGUACUAAACUCCUGAUAAGAAAAGAGUAAAAAUUUUACACUAAAACUAUGAUUAACAUGCAUAGCCUUAGACAAAUUUCUAAUAAGCACCUAUAAAUAAUGAAAAUAUUAACUAUCUUAACAUCCCAAAGACUAAUAUUCUGAAGCAGUAAAAUCAUUACCUUGGACCUUCAUAGUAAAACCUAAUAAAUGGAGAUAAAUUUGUGUUCAAUAACAUUACAAAUAACUAUUAUCAAAUUUCCAAUGCUGAAAUAGCAGGAAAUCACGCAUCACCCAGCUAAAAACACUCUUGUGGAGAACAUAAUUAGCAUAGCAGAUCCAAGACCAUUCAAGUUUUUCAGCCUUAAUUUGAAAAUCAUAACUAAAACUUCGAAUGGGGAUAUCAAUGCCCUAAUAGAUCUGGCUUAAAGCCUGGAAAUCAGAGUUCUCCUGACUUUAACAGUGGUUUCAAGAUGUAGAGCCACUCCAAAUUUUUUGGAUCCACUCUCUCUACCUCCAAAUUUCAAACUACGAAUUUUGAGGCAAAGGCUUAUAAGGCAUUCUUGAAUAUGAGUGACAGUGCCAAGAAAACUAAGACCUAUUGCUUCAAUCACGGUAAUAAUAUACUGAGCAUCAGUGGUAACUAGAAUUCAAACUAAUUGAGCAAUAAUAUGGGGGGUCACAAUCCAUUGAAUAUUAGUCCCAUGCUCACUAAGUCUGUCUCAUGCUUCGACCCAAUUCAAAGCUCCGAUCUAGUUUUCAACUAAAUGAGUGGCUUAGCUCAUCAUGCUGAGAGACAUCAUCAUUAUGCUGCUCAAAUAGGAGCAACUAAACUUCAUCCUAGAGUUAUAAUCGGCCAUGAGCAUUCAAACUUGCUGAAUUUUAACUUAGGAACAAUUUUGAAUAACGAGGAAUCCCCUUACAAGGGUUUAGACAACUUAUUUAAGGUAGUAAAAGAUAUCAAUCACUGA